AGCUGACUGGAUACUGGAGGUCCCUAAACGGAGGGCAAGCGCUAUUCUUUCUACGGUUUACAUACUACGUACGUUAUCUAGCAGUUCUACAACUCCUCCGAGUUUUACCACCGUUUACCGUCCACCCGGACCCGAGCUCUUUUCUCAACUCCGCCCAUCUAAUAAACCGUACCACCCAAGUAGUAUAUCACCCCGAACUUGCCUAUCACCUCAUUUUCCACCUUCUCCCCUGCGUUGCCCGAUGGCGCCAACUCAGCUUCCGGCUUCCGGAAAUCCUUUGGUUUUCUUUGACAUCACGCUCGGAGGUGAGCCUCUCGGACGAAUCACCUUUGAGCUCUUCAAGGACACCGUCCCUCGCACCGCGGAGAACUUCCGCCAGUUCUGCACCGGCGAGUCCAAGAACAGUCGAGGUCAAAGUCAGGGCUAUAAAGGAAGCAAAUUCCACAGAGUUAUUAGCAAUUUCAUGAUCCAGGGCGGAGACUUUCUCAACGGCGAUGGCACUGGCAGUACUUGUAUCUACGGCACCAAGCAGUUUCAAGAUGAAAACUUUGACUUGAAACACACCCAGAAGGGCCUCCUCUCCAUGGCUAAUUCGGGCCCGAACACCAAUGGGUCUCAAUUCUUCAUUACUACGGUGCCAACUCCGCACCUUGACGGGAAGCAUGUAGUCUUUGGUAAAGUCGUCGACGGUAUGGAUGUCGUCGAGAAGAUCGAAAAGACGAAGACUGGUAGGCGUGGACGGGACAUACCAGACAUGGACGUGGUCAUUGCUCAGUGCGGCGAGAUGUAAGGGCCAUUGUCUAUCUAGAACGAUAGAGGUUGUUUUUUUUGCUCUACGAGAGAAGCCCGGUAAAUAGUUACGACGCGUGAGUCCAGCGUCUAAUAUAUUAAUCAUAACGAUUCUGAUAGCCUGGUGAGGUAUGCCACUACCUGUUUUUCUCUAGGUAGCUGGGAGUUUGUAUACAGGUGCUUUAAAGAUGCGCUAUAAACCAGUGGUAAUAUUCCUAUCAAAAUGUCCUGCCGUAAUAAUAAUGGCUUGAAUUGGGUAGUAUCGACGCAGCUCUACCUAAC